AUGGCACCUGCCGAUAAAAAGGAGGCCAAGCCUCCCAAGCUCUCCGAUGUCAAGGAUCUCAUCGACGAGAGUACAUUUGAGCAGAUCCUUGAGAUGGAUGAUGACGACGACUGUGACUUUAGCAGGGGCAUUGUCUACGGCUUCUUCGACCAGGCUAGAUCCACAUUUACCAACAUUAAGACCGCACUUGAGAAAAAGGACCUCAAUGAGCUUUCCCAGCUCGGGCACUUCCUGAAGGGCUCCUCGGCCACUCUAGGCCUCAUUCAUGUCCGAGAUGGUUGUGAAAAGAUUCAACACUUCGGCAAUGGUCUCGAUGAGAAUGGCUCCGGCAAGGUCGCCGAGGAUGCCGCCCUGAAGAAUAUUGAGAAGACCCUGAAGGAGGUCGAGGUCGAAUACGCCAAGGUCGAGAAGUUCCUACGCCGCUUUUACGGCGAGGAGGUUAAGGAUGAGCCCGAACCCAAACCCGAGCCCAAGGAGGAGAAGAAGCCCGCCGCCUCGGAUGCCAAAGCGACCAACCUCACAGAGAAGACCGACGAUACCGAAGAAAACUCAAAGACCGAUGACUCGAAGAAAUAA